AUUACCUCUUCGAUUAGCCUCACACUAGAGAGAGAAACAAAAAAAAAAAAACCGCCCAGUACUCUCCGCCCCGCCUAGAACAGAGACAGACAGAGAGAGAGACACAAAAGGAAAGGAGACAGAGACACAGCAACAUAUCUCGUCUAGUUUCUCUCUCCCUCUCAACGCACACUCUCUCACUCUCUCUCUCUAAACUUGCUUCUGUUCUCUUCCUGCCCAAUACACAUUAAACACCACUGGUUCUCAAAACCCAUUCAGGCAUUUGGGUUCGUUUGGGCCUAGUGCCAUCACUUUCCCGGGAAAACUCUCAAGUGGGUCGGGAUUUUGCCGGGAAAAUGUACUCGGCGAUUCAUUCGCUGGCGAUGGACGGGAGUGUGGGGGUCCACGGAGAGUUCCGUGGGUCCAUGGAUGGGACCCACCUGACGGGUGACCCGUGCCUGGUCUUAUCCACGGAUCCGAAGCCCCGGCUCCGGUGGACGGCGGAGCUCCAUGACAGAUUUGUUGAUGCCGUCGCUCAGCUCGGUGGACCUGACAAGGCAACACCGAAGACUAUUAUGAGAACAAUGGGGGUCAAAGGUCUUACCCUUUAUCACCUGAAAUCCCAUCUUCAGAAAUAUCGUUUGGGGAAGCUAUCUUGCAAGGACUUGACUGAAAACUCUAAAGAUGUGUCUUGCAUCGCAGAGAGUCAGGACACCGGUUCAUCUACACCAACAUCAUCAAAAUUAGCUCAAGAUUUAAAUGAUGGAUACCAGGUUACUGAGGCUCUACGGGUACAGAUGGAAGUCCAGAGAAGAUUGCACGAGCAGCUGGAGGUUCAGCAACGCCUUCAACUUCGGAUUGAAGCCCAAAGCAAGUACCUGCAAUCUAUCCUUGAAAAAGCUUGUAAUGCUCUGAACGACCACGCUGCUGCCACUUCUGGGCUCGAAGCUGCCAGGGAUGAGCUCUCCGAAUUGGCGAUCAAGGUUUCACACAGCUGCAACGGACUAGACCCUUUUGACACCCCAAAAAUUCCCUCUUUAUCUGAACUUGCCACCUCUCUAGAAAACAGAAUCUCUUCGGAUUUGCCCGCCCGGUUUGGCCACUGCAAUGGAAGUCCUUUUUCUCCAACGGGCGAGGCUGCUAUUCUAAAAAAGAGACCGAGACCCUUGUUUGGAAAUGGAGAUUUAGUACCGUUGGAGGGCAGAAUUGGGCAAGUGGAAUGGAUGAUGAGUAAUAUGGGAUGAGCCGCAAACAUUGCUUCGUGAAGAUAAAUCUUUUUCUUUUCUUUUCCAUUGCCGCAAACAUUUUCGUGAAGAUAAAUCCUUUUCUUUUCUUUUCCAUUGAAGUUGUUUUAGUUUUUGCUUCUUAGUUGGUUCUAAUGACCAGUCUGUAUUAUCAACUGCAACAUCAGUUGUUUGUACAAUAUUAUAAAAGCAAAUAUUGAGUUUGGAAGGGUGAA